UUGCGGGAGGAGAAAAACUGUGCACUUUUCCCCUACAAAAAAUGUAAGAUAAAAAAGACAAGCACAAGAAUCUACAAAGCAGAAAACUACAAAUUGAAUGUGUCCUCAUUUCCUGAAUGUAAGGUAUGGCAGGAAUACUGGAGCACUGCAGCUGCCGAAGAGGAAGGAAAGGUAAGAGUCCUUAACGCUUCUGAUGCAGACGACGAGCCAAAUAGAAAUUUGGAGAAGGAUUUAAAGGAGAGCGAGCUGAUCGAUAACGAGGAGAGGCUGAAGAAAGUGGGAUUAAGCGAAGGAUUGCUUGAAGAGUACAAGGCUGUUGGAUUGCUUUACAAGGAAAUCUGCGGAGAUCACGGACGAGUGCUUUGGUUCAGAGACACGACAGAUGCGAAAAGUAUUGGAAUUACUGAAAAAUCACCAAUAUGUGAACCUUUCAUGGGAUUGAUCAUCGCCGAGAGUUUUACCUUUUUUACUGUCAUUUUAUCGUUGUAUGCGUACUAUUCCAGUCCAACACUGUUCAUUUCUUCUGCAGAAGCUGUAGAAGGCCUUGCACUAAAAAUACCAAUGGAUGCGUUUCUACGAUUUGAAAAGAUCGGUCUCUAUCUACCGGGAAUUUGUGCUGACUAUGUUCCUAAAGCCAUUGACGAGUUCAACAGCAGCAGUUUUGAAGGAGUGGAAAUCGAGGGCCCAAUUGGUGUCAAUAUUUCCGCAUUAGAAGCAGCAGGUGUUAAUCUUACAGCGUUGGCGGAGAAGCUCAGGAAUGACACUGAAGUGGACGAGAUUCUUAGCAGAACAAAUGGCUCUACUAAGUAG